GCUGUUGCUGCUGCCAUCGUGGAGUGCCUCGGCAGCGGCUGGAUUAACUUCCACGCGGAAAGGAAGGCCGCCACCAAGGAGGGCUUCGCCCGAGCCGACGGCAUGCUUGCCGGCGUCGUUGGGUGCGUGGACGGGACUCAUGUCGCGAUCCUGGGCCCGCGAGACACGGAGACCGUCACCAAGGCGGCCUACUGGUGCCGAAAGCAUCACUACGCACUCAAUGUUAUGGUGGUGUGUGACUACAAGGCACGGAUCAUGUACAUAGACACAAGUAUGCCUGGUGGGGCCCAUGAUGGCUACGUGUGGAAGCGGUCGUCCCUCCGAAGGGCGAUUGAAAGCGGCCUCCUUCAGCCUGGGGAAUUCCUGCUGGGAGACAGUGGCUAUGGCCUUGCCCCAUGGCUGAUUACGCCAGUUCCCGGCACGCUCCAGUCAAGCUCUCGGGAAGCGAGGUUCAACGUGGCCCACUCCUCCGUGCAAUCUGGGGUGGAGCGCUGCAUCGGCCUGUUGAAGAACAGGUUCCGUUGCCUCCACAAGCACCGGACCCUGUACCACCCACCUCAGACAGCUGCCACCAUCAUUGCAGCCUGUGCAGUUCUGCACAACAUUUGCAUCGCUGCGGAGGAGCCGGAACCCGAAGCUGAAGAAGGAGACGACGUAGAGGGCGGUUCAAGCAACGGUGGACCUGAGCCACAAGAACCGCCACCUGGGUCGCCACGGGACGGAGCUGCUGUGGCUGCACCACACGAGCGUCACAUCUACGUGAGGGGCCUGGCUGUGAGGAAUGCCCUGAUCGCGCAGUUCCCUCAGGCACGACGACGGCAGGCCGGACCAACCCGACAGCGGCCUUCACAUCGUGGACAAUAA